AUUAAAGAAAAAUCCUUUGAUAUUAAAUUCCCCACCGAAUUUUCAUUCCAUCUAUAGGGUUAAUGCCAAUUUUGCCCCUCGCGCCCAAUAGAUCUUUUCCCAGGAAACUCCCAGUAAGUUCCGAAACCUCGCAUUCGAAUGGAUCUCUUCCCCGUCUUCUCCGGCGACGGAGCGUCGGGACAGUCCGAUUUCGAGGAGGAACAUGACGACGACGAUAUUGGUUCAGUUUCUAAUCUCUCCACUCCAAGCACCAGUUGGAGCUUCGGUGGUCUGAUUAAGACUCUCGCGACCAAGUCGGAAUCCGUAAUUUCAAACUACCGACGUGAUCUUGAGGAAUUAGGAUCCGGAUUGAGGAAGGAGACGUCGGUGAUCCGAGAAGUCGCAUCACGUGCCGUGAAGGAUCUUCCGACGACGCUCGAUGUCGGUGCGUCUGUUGCGCAAGAAUCGCUGGAGUCCGUCGGCCAAGCUAUAGAUGAUAUCGGAACCGCCGUCUGGAAAUCGACUUCUAAGAUCAUCUCACACGGUAGGGAUACGUUUUUAGCUUCUGAUUUAGUUUCUGAAAACCAUGAAAAUAACAGCAAUAUUGUUAUUUCCUCAAAUCAAUUAAACAAACCUAGAAAUCUUGAAUUCAAACAGUACAAUAGAUUCAAUACUCAAUUGAUUGCGAUUCAGCGAGACCUAAAUACAUAUUUAGAGGAACCAAAUGAUAUAGAGAAUUACAAGAACUGGAAAUUAGGGUUUGUAUUGGAAGAAAAGGAAAAGGAAAUUGAGGAUUUGGUUAAAGAGAGUGAAGAUGUUCGGGAAACAUAUCGGACGGUGGUUCCAAGCAGAAUCAGCCACGAUGUCUUCUGGAGUAGAUACUUUUACAGUUUUCACAAGCUUAAGCAAGCAGAAGAAGCUAGAGUUAAGCUUGUGAAGAGAGCCAUAUCUGCAAAAGAUGAAGAAGAAUUGAGUUGGGAUGUUGAGGAAGAUGAUGAUAAAGAAGAAGGUGUGAGUGGUGAGAGUUCAGAGAAUGGGAAAACAGGAGAGGGAAAUGUGAAGAAGAUUGACAUUGAUGAUAGUUUGAAGAAAAUGGGUGGGGAUGGUAGAGGAGAAAGUGGGGAUUCUUCUUGCAAAGACAGCGAUAUUUCAAUAAUUUCAAGUCAGGGUGGUGAAGAAGAAGAAGAAGAAGAAGUCGGAUGGGAUGAAAUUGAAGAGAUUGGAACCGUUGAAGAGGCUAAAGGCAAGGUUUUUGCUUCUGGUAGUGUACAAAAAUUUGGUUUGAACAAGAAGUUAAGUGUGGCAGAGGAAGAGGAAGAUCUGAGUUGGGAUAUUGAGGAUGAAGAUGAACCUACCAAAUCAUGAACAAGAUAAACAUUCUUUUUUUCUUUUUUCUUUUCAUCAAGUUAUAAAGUUCAUAGAAUCUAUUGAUUUGGGGACUACAGUGUUUUUGUUUAGUUGAUAAGGCAUAGUCAUUUGGGUCGUGAUUAUUGUUCAUAUCUCAUUGCCCACAUGUAUGUAUGAAAAAAAAAAAAAUCAAAUCUUUACUAACUUUUGAAUGUU